UGAUCUUAUCUAGCAAAUCGAGCGCCGCCUAUUAUUACACAAAAUUCUAGUGGUCAAUUACCGCACAAACAACAUCUGAAGUUGAAAUGGGUCUCUCAGCUUCAAAGCGAGUCAAAAACAGCCUCCAAAAAUCGAGUGACUUCAACUCCGCCUGCGGCGCCGUCUUCGCCGACUGCCUCUCCCUGAGUCAACACGCCUUCGCCGGAGUCAGAGCCUACCAGCUCUGCUCCGCCUCCGAGCGCCUCUACGGCAUCCUGUCGGGCUCCGUCCCCCUCAUCUCCAAGUGGCUCCCGUCCCCUCCCGACCGGACCCAAGUGGACCGGGCUCUGAAGACCGUUCUCUCCCGCCGCCCCGCUCAGGAAGAGGAGAUAACGCUGGAUGAGGCGGAAUUCAAGGAGUUCGCGGUGGAGCUGUUCGCCGACGCCGUCGUUUCGAGGGCUGUGAUGGAGGUUUUGAAGAGACUGCCGCUGGGCGUGGCUGGAAUUGCGGGUUUCGGAGUGGUUGUGAAGCCCGGAAACGACAUCGUUGUGGCGGCGCUUGGGGCGUACGCGCUAGGGCUCGUAACCUUGAUUUAUCACGGCUUGGACGGUUAAUUAAUUCACUGGGAUGAAUUACGGAUAUUGUGAAUUUCAUAUUUAUCGAUAAAUAUUUGGUUAUUUAUCGCUAAUUAUACAUAAGUAGAUGAUGAAAUGAGUUUGAAGGGUGUAUUUGGGUUAUGGAGGCUGCCUGAUAAGAUUAGAAUUAAAUUGUAGCCAAAAUAGUAAGUAGCAUUCAUUGUGUUAAGAUAUGAAUGGAUGGUGGAUGCUUCUGUUUUGGUUAGAUAUGUUAAUCUGAUUAGUUUCAUAAAAA